UGCAUCACUUCACAGGGCUUAUGCCAUGAAAGUGUGUCAUUUUAAAGAUGUAUCAUUAAGUGUGCUCUGAGAAAGAUGUAAACUUUCACUUGUGAGAUAAGUACUCCGGCUUGUUGACUGAUGGCGAGACCAGAUUGCGAGCCCGCUACAACCUCUCGGCGAUGUAGUAGUUUUUAGCUUAAAAUGUGAUCCUAUGAGUUUCCUGAGAACCGGUAAGAGACAUUUCCAGAUGGAGACAGACCUGAGACUGGAGUCCAGUUUGUGGGUCGACAAGAAAAGAUACCGGGCUGUCCUGACGGGCUGGUAUUUCAACUGGACAGAGUUAGACAAGAAGAAUCGCGCCAAGAAAACAAUUUCAGUACCUGUGGCGGAGGUGGUUGGAGUGCAGGAGGGUCGGGUAGAGAUCCUGCCCAAGAAGUCAGUUGAGGAUACAGACAAAGACUUCACAGUUUUCUAUGUGAAGCGCAGCAGUAGUGGAGGCUCUUAUGGGCUGCUAUGGAGACUGGGCCGGAUCCAGUUCAGCUGCCUGAGUCGAGUCCUGCGAGAUCAGUGGAUAAAACACCUAAAAACUGCUCUUAAAACUCACAGUCCAAUGCGGCCGCACAGGUUGUUGGUGUUUAUUAACCCUUUUGGAGGGAAGAAGAAAGGAAGAGAAAUCUACCACUCUCUGGUUGCUCCUCUGUUUGAGCUGGCUGGUAUCAGCUCUCAUGUGAUAGUGACAGAGCGGGCAAACCAGGCCCGAGACCACCUCCUGAAGAAAGAUUUGACAGGCUUUGAUGGUGUGGUGUCUGUGGGUGGCGAUGGCAUGUUCAGCGAAAUACUUCAUGGUUUGAUUGGGCGGACACAACAAGAGGCAGGCCUGUGUGAGAAUGAUCCUGUUGUCACUCUGCAGCCGUGUCCGUUGCAUAUCGGCAUCAUCCCUGCAGGUUCUACAGACUGUGUGUGCUUUGCCACAGUCGGAGUAAUCGACCCUGUUACUUCAGCUUUGCACAUUGUCAUUGGUGACUCUCAGCCCUUGGAUGUUUGUUCAGUCCAUCAAGCCUCUGCACUUGUCCGCUACUCUGUGUCUCUGCUGGGUUAUGGCUUCUACGGGGAUGUACUUGCUGAGAGUGAGAAACACCGCUGGAUGGGACCUCUCAGAUAUGACUAUUCAGGCACAGUGGUGUACCUGAGCAACAGGAGCUAUGCAGGCAUAGUUCAGUAUCUACCAGCAGACCCUGUGCUCUCCAACCCCAGAGACAGAACACGCUGCCUUGCAGGAUGCAGUGUGUGCUCCAGAAGCACUGAAAGACUUUUCCCCAACUCUUCAGACUCAGGAUCCCUGUACAGCUCUCACUACAGCCAGUUCAAUAGUGAGUCAGAAGGUGAGUGGGUGAGCGUGGAGGGCAGGUUCAAGUGUGUGUCUCUCACUUGUAUGUCAAGCUCGUGUCCCAAGAGUCCUCUUGGCCUCUCGCCCUCUGCUCAUUUGGCAGAUGGCACAGGAGACCUCAUCCUGGUGUGGGACACUCACCCAUUGGGAUUCCUGAAGUUCCUCUACAGGCACACAAGCUCCCAGGACCAGUUUGACCUCCCUUUUGUUGAGGUUCAUCGUGUAAAGGCUGUCCGUUUCUUCCUCCCCCCUGGAAAAGAGGAGGACUCUUUUGAUGAGAUUGGGGGGAAGAACGAUGGGGUUGAUGAUGAAGAGAGAGCCUACUCUGAGGCUGUAGGCAAGAAUGGAUCCCAGCAGCACCUGGCAGAGAGAGGGGCAGGAGAAGACUUGAAAAAAAAGCAGAAACCAGGAAACCCUUUUUUGUGUGGUGUGUGCUGCAGCAAAGCUCCCGCUGUGUCGGUGUGGAACUGUGAUGGAGAGAUUCUUACCUCCACUGAGAUCCUCAGCAGGGUUCAUGGCCAGUUGGUGCGUCUAUACGCGAGGGGCAUCGAGGACGGAGCAGCCGUGUUGAACUCCACUGAAGAAAAUGACAAACGUGAAAGGACAUCUUACACAAAAAGUCUAACGAAUGUUGGAUAAUGGAAGAAAAGAGACAAGUCUGAGAGGCGUGACUGCUUUGUGAAAGAGAUUAACCAGGCUUCCACUCUCUUCUGGCCAAAAAGCUCCAAAUAUUUCAGGCACUUUUAAAAGUUUUCUUAUUGUGAGAUAAAAAUAUAUACAUAUAUUUAUUCUUCUAUGAGUGAAAAACUGCUUCUUUAAAAAUAUUAAAAGCACUAUUAUAUUGUUAUAUGUGCAUGUUUUUCUGUACAAAACAUACUUGCAU